AUGUCGGAAGAAUUCAGACAGCUAUGUCGCCACGCAGAGCUACGCAUCGCGGAAACAAGGGUGCAAAAGGACCAGGUCAUGGUCACCAUCGGGCUGCUCGACAAGGAAAUCCACGAAACGACGAGGUAUCUGGCGCAGCAGGAGCAGAAAAGAGCCGUGGCCAUGUUUACGCGGCCGCGGACGACGCAGCUCGACGAGGAUGUGGCGCGACUGACGGACGAUGUCGACUGCCUGACCGACUGUCUGAGGGCGCUGGAGCAUUCGAAAUCGGUGAGCUUGACGCAGCUGAGGGAGCUGGACACGAUGCUAGCCGGCGAUAGGAGGGUUUUGAAGAUUUGCAGGGUUGACUAG